UUUCCCAAUCGCCUUUUUGGGUAGUAUGGCCGUGGUGGAUGAUUCAUUUAAGAAGCCAGGGGCUGUUCCAUUCAAGUGGGAGGUCCGACCCGGAGUCCCAAAGGCCCAACUCCAACAACCCGAACAACAUCAACAAAAAAGAAGAUCUUUUCAUUGCAGUCCUUCAUUUGUUCUCAGACAGCAGCUGCAGGAACAACUAAAGGACGCAGCAAACAAGAAUUCAGAUUGUGGUGCAUUGCCUGACACCCCAACAAAACUUGCACCUCCACCUGCCGGAUUCUACUUUCAGGCGGAGCCCCGUACCCGAUCCCUUCCGUCCGCUCCUCGAACCCGUUCGGAGCGCUACCAUUUCGACAACUCCACUGUCGCACAACCCGAGAAUGUAUUAUCCAGUGGAUGCUUUCCAACAUCUCCUUUGCUCAUCAGCAUGAAGAAUGAUAGAAAGAAAACAAAGAAGCAGCACAAGCUUAAGGUCCGACCUGAGUCCAAGUCCGACCCUGACUGUGCUUCGGAUCUUGGAAAGUUGUCCCCUUGGUCAGUUUCAAGUAGAGCGUCCAUGUCUCCUUUCUGGGAUUCUCCAUCUUCUUCUUCAUUUUCAUCCCGCCGGUCAUCACCCCGGCCGGUGAACGAUGCCGAGUGGGCUGGCUUUGGGCUAUUUUAGAGGAAGAAUUAUAGAAAUAAAUACAUUGUACUUGUGGGGAGCAUUUUUAUCCCAUAUGAUCAGUAUUGGAUAUAUAUUAAGGUCUUAAUAGUUUCCAUGUAUAGUAUUGCAUAUUAAAAACGUCACACUUACUUCGUUUCUUACUCGUAGUAAAACUUUGGGAUAGAAUUUUCAUUUACCAAACUCAUGUACUAACGUGCACAUGAAUACAAAUCCAUGCAAUAUCUUAUUAAGGUAUGAAGAAUGAUUA